AUGGCGUCCAAAUCAAGGGGAUUCAAAGCAUUAGUGGAACAAUUUAGUGCUAUAACAGGAGCGAGUGAGGAGGUUGGUCAGCAACUCCUGGAUGUCUGUAAUGGUAAUCUGGAGAUGGCUAUUGGUAUGCAUUUGGAAGGCGGGUCAGAAGGUCCAGAAGUAAAUGACAAUGUUCAGGAUAAUAACCAGGCCAGUACAUCAUCUGUUGCCGUAGAAACACCACAAGAUGAAGAAAAUCUAGCAGCUGGCAAACCAGCUACAAAGAAAAAGACAUUGGAAGAUUUAUUUCGUCCACCCAUUGAUAUUAUGCAUAGAGGAACAUUCAAUACUGCAAGAGAAACCGGACAGAGUCAUUGUAAAUGGCUGUUAGUGAAUGUACAAAAUGUGCAGGAGUUUUCCUGUCAACAAUUGAACCGAGAUGUCUGGAGUAACUCUGUUGUUAAAAGUAUUAUAUUAGAGCAUUUUGUUUUCUGGCAGGUUUAUCAUGACAGUGAUGAAGGCCAGAAAUAUAUACAGUUUUAUGAAGUUAGUGAAUAUCCAUAUGUUGCCAUUUUAGACCCAAGAACAGGUGAAAAAUUGGCUGAAUGGCAUAGACUUGAUAACAUUAAUUUUUGCGAUUUAGUGACUGAGUUCUUAGCUCAACAUCCUAUAUUUGAUAAUGAAGGCUUGAGUCCACCAAAGAAACGAGUUGACAGUAUAGUUGAUGCAAGUGAGGACAGCCAAUUGGAAGCCGCCAUUGCUGCCUCUCUGGCAGAGACGACGAGUCCAAAAAUGGAAAACAAAGAAAAGAAAAAAAAGCUGAGAGAAGUAAUAAUUGACAGUGAAUCUGAACAUUCUGAAGACUUAUCUGACUUGGAGAGUGAAACAUUUCACUCCAUCAAUGGCAGUAGUUCAGAAUCAGAAUGUAGUGACAAUGAAACAAACAGUAGAGGCACAUCACCAAGAUGUUCUCCCGUCAAGAAACCUCAAAAAAACGGAAAUGCAAAUUGUAGCAUUGCAGAUAAACAAGACUCUCUGAGUAUUGAUAUAAAUAAAAUGGCAACAAGGAACAAUGUGAACUCGCCAGAAAAAGAUAAACAUAACAAUCACAAUAAUGUUGAGAAGUGCAAAGAUGAUAAGGAUGAUGAUAAGAACAUUGAUAAUGUCAUCAUGAGUGACAAUGAUAGUAUUGUGAGUUAUGACGAGGAAGAAGAGGAUAUUGUGGAAGAAAAUAAAGAUGGUGAAGAUGAUGAUGAUGAUGAUGAUGGUCCUAAAACUAACUUAAUGGUUCGUUUUCCGGAUGGUAAAAGGAAACAAGUAUCACUGUCUGCAUCUGCUAAACUUAUG